AUGGCUGACUGGCAAACCGAGUCCUUCGCACCCCAAACACAAUCGUCAUUUGAUAGGGUUGGAGGAGGAAGUACUCACAGAGCUCUCCAACACACCUCAGGCAAUGCACAAUCAUACGCUGAUGGUACCAUGCAUGGAGAUGCUGGCAGUCGCGGUGAUCCUCUCCAGUUGGCUUUGAAGUAUCCUCCUGCUCCUAUCCCUUUCCAUCAUUCGAUAUCUAGUACCAGUCUCCAUGAUAGCCAUGUUCUCGCAGCGCGUUUGCAGGCCAAGAAGCUGCGACGGCUUCAGUCAGCGGCUCAUUCGAUGCCAACCAUGCGUCCGAAGCGCAGCUAUCUAAAGUCUCAAAAAUACCUGGAGUAUAGAGCACGGCCGCGUCGUGAUACUGGCAAGGAUGGAGAGCCAGUUUGGUCGGAUGCAUUGGAAGAUGCGUUUCAGCAAGCCUUAGAAGCAAACCCUCCCAUGGGCCGUAGGAAGUGGUCGGAACGUGGCAAGUCAUAUGGACGUAACGAGUUGAUUGCGGAAUAUAUCUACAAGUUGACUGGGAAACGGCGUACAAGGAAACAAGUCUCAAGUCACCUACAGGUGUUAGAUUCUUUCCUCAAGGGUGACCCUGAAUGGGAGAGACUUGUCAGAGAAAGACCAGACGCGCCCAACUCGCAACCUCCAAUGACCAAUCCCGAAUAUAGGACGUCUAUUGAUUAUCAACUUUCACGAAGUUUCAAUAGCCAACCACAUUCUGCAUGCCCUGACUAUAGCGCUUCUUCUCAUACAUACAAUGGAGAUCUUCCGACUCCUAUCACACUGGGAUCCAACAUAUACGAUACUAAUUCUCAUCUAAUCCAUGCCUUCAACUUCGACAUGUGGGUUAGUGCACCGCAGCAGACAAACCGAAUUGACAAAGCGUUGCAUGUCUACACCCGUCUCCAGGGGGAUCAACACCGACCGGUAGCACUCCCCAUGCCUCUAGAGAACCUGGCAGGAUGGCGCACGUCUUUUCCUUAUCUUUCCUCCCUCGUCGACGAUCCCACGUCUUCAUUGGACUGUGACAUAAUCUUGCUAGAGGUGAACCUUCAGCUUAUGACUGACUUUCCACCUACCGGCUCCCGGUUAGGUAUACAACUCGACCUUGAUUUCUCCCAUCCUACAAUGGGAGACGUGUCUCUUGUCAGUCAGAUGGAAGACUGGGCUUGUAGCACGCUUCUCUACGAAGGAGGACAAAAGAUGCAAGAAACCUACCACGAUCUUCAAAAGGCAUCAUCCACAAAAGUCAAACCAUUCUUCGAGUCGUCAUGGUGGGCGAAACUGUUCACUCAGUUAACACAAGAGAAACAAAUGGCCAAAAGCUCCGGUCAGCCAGAAGCUCCCCUGGCCGCAGAUGAUCAUACAAGACAGUUUUUCCGGUCCUUAUCUGCUAUUCAGGAGUUGACUGCUACGCCAAGUAGUCAUCGUCACAUGUCGAAUAGUUUCAAUACCAAUCCACAGGGAGGAGAUGAUCGUAAGCGAAUGGCGAUCCUCCUGUGGAAAUUUCGUCAAACACGGCCUGGGGAAGUUGGUACUACGACUUGGAGACGUCUUAUUCCUCCAGCUGGGCGUAGUACGACUAAUAGCCCACGGGCGGCGGCAGCAGCAGGUAUUGAUCUACCACCUCUUGCAUUGGAGUCGUUGCUAUCCAACAAGCCGCAAGACAGUGUCUAUCAUGGCAACCCUCAUGGUAACCUGAUACAUCAUCAUCAUCAUCACCACCAUCAGCAGCAGCAACCCCAAACGGCGGCUAGUCUGCAACAACAGUGGCCGGUAUACACAGACCCUCAAGAUAGCGUCACUAAUAUGUUCGGUCCCCAAGGGUCAUAUGACUUUUUGAGCGACAUCAAUAAAGCGGACGAUGGUAUAGUGGACAAGACAUCAGUGACGUCGGUACUCGAUUCGUUCACUGGUCUUGCGCCGGAGAGUACACAGGGCGGUAGUAUAAAUAUGUCUUCUGCAGGCGACCCAUUAUUCAACGUUCAUGAUCUUUCGCUAUCUUCUCAUUCACAUCUUUCGGGAUACAGUCUUGGUGGGCAUGGUAAUCAGUACAUGCCAUCACAGACCAUUCAUGACAGUAACAACAAUGUCCUGAACUCCAUCUUCGGGACUACAGCACCAUCUAUGCAUGGUAUUUCUCAUACACAGGCCCCUUCCAUGUGGGAAUCACAGGGAACAGGCCCAUCUCUUCAUCACGAUAUCAGCACUGAGAACUAUGGCCAUCUACACUUUCCUUCGAGCAGCCACCAUCACCAUCACAACCCCUACCAUCAUAGUCAUCACUCCCAUCAUCAUCAUCAAGUACCAGUUUCCCGUGAACAUCAGAACAGCAGCUUGGAAGGGAUGUUACCUCCUGACGAGUUGAUUGGCAAGCUCGUCGGCAGUGCCAACCCCGGUGAUAGUCAUCUAGGAGGAACGACUACUGGAAACACACGGUAUCCAGAGUCUAAUGCAGUCGAAACCGUGUAAUGAUUCAAGAUUCUAA